UUUCCAGCCUCAUGUUGCCUCUUCUAGGUCCAUUUUCAUUAUCUUCUGCUACAAAUUAUCCCAAUGAGACACAAUGAUACUAGCACAAGAGUGUGAUGCUUGCUUGGUUUCUCUACAGAUAUAAAAUUCUCAGAAUUAGAAAGGAACCAUAGUGGUCACUUAUUCUGACCAUAUAUGAAUCCCAACAAUUAUAUCCUUGACAUAUAAUUAUUCAGAGUCUACUUGAACAAUUCCAGAAAUAAAAAUUGAAGAAAGACCUUUAUUAAGCAGUUUAUUUCAAUAUUAAGACAACUGUAGUUAUCAUUAUUGAGCUAUAUUAUGCAAUAUUAUAGGCAUAUUGAGCCAAAAGCUGUUUUCUCAUGGCUUCCACACACUAGGGUUGUUGUUUUUUUUUUUUCUGAUCAGAGUAUCCAUAUCAGUGUUAUAGUUUUGUUUAUUUGUUUUUUUUAAAAACCCUUGUCUUCUGUCUUAGAAUCAAUAUUAUGUAUUCCAAGACAGAAGAGAAGUAAUGGCUAGAUAAUGGGGUCUAAAUGACUUGCCCAGGGUCAUACAGCUAAAAAGUGUCUAAGGCCAGAUUUGAAACUAGGACCUCUCAUCUCUAGGCCUGGUUCUCAAUCCACUGAGCCACCUAGCUGCCUCAUGUUAUGUUUAUUAACUACUCUAUAAUUUCCAAACAUAUCAUAUCUUUCAGAAAUUUAUAAGGAAAUACUUGUGACACCUAUGGCAAGCAAACAUAAUGGAAGCAAAACCUCUCAAGACUAAUGGAAGAAAUGUAUGUUGUUAUAAAAAGCAUUCAAUUUCCCAGAAGCCCAGAGAGAAGGUUCAUUGUUACCAGAUCCUGAUAAAAACUGGCUACCUGAAAAGUCUAAUCAGGAAAUUUGCUCUAUCUCCAGCAGCCACUGCUGCUCCUUUGAUGUUUUGGUACGCCGUGCGCAUGCGCCUCACAUUAGAAUUACUGCACUGGCCAGAAUAAGUUGGAUCUCUUCUCUUCAGUGAAACCCUAAAUCAUAUCAAAAGCUAAAGGGAUGUGGAGAGUCCGGAAAAAGGGUUACUUUGGAAUUUGGACAUUCCUUUUAAUCAUAGCUGUGGUCUGUGCACAGAGUGCCAAUGACCCUAGCAAUAUGUCACUGGUUAAAGAGACGGUGGAUAGACUGCUGAAGGGCUAUGACAUUCGUCUGAGGCCAGAUUUCGGAGGUCCUCCCGUGGCUGUGGGCAUGAAUAUAGACAUAGCCAGUAUAGAUAUGGUAUCAGAAGUCAAUAUGGACUAUACCCUGACAAUGUACUUUCAGCAAGCUUGGCGAGAUAAGAGGCUGUCAUAUAAUGUAAUACCUUUAAAUCUCACCUUGGACAAUAGAGUAGCGGAUCAGCUCUGGGUGCCUGACACAUACUUCCUGAACGACAAGAAGUCAUUUGUGCAUGGGGUGACUGUCAAGAAUAGGAUGAUCCGUCUGCAUCCUGAUGGGACUGUCCUUUAUGGCCUCAGAAUUACAACUACAGCUGCUUGCAUGAUGGAUCUGCGCAGAUACCCUCUGGAUGAACAAAACUGCACCCUAGAGAUUGAGAGCUAUGGCUAUACAACUGAUGACAUUGAAUUUUAUUGGCGUGGAGAUGAUAAUGCAGUGACAGGAGUGACAAAGAUAGAAUUGCCACAGUUCUCUAUCGUUGAUUACAAACUGAUUACCAAGAAGGUUGUUUUCUCAACAGGUUCUUACCCCAGGCUGUCUCUCAGCUUCAAGCUCAAAAGGAACAUUGGAUACUUCAUCUUGCAGACCUACAUGCCCUCUAUUCUGAUUACUAUUCUCUCAUGGGUUUCCUUCUGGAUUAACUAUGAUGCCUCAGCAGCACGAGUAGCUUUAGGAAUUACCACUGUACUUACAAUGACAACCAUCAAUACUCAUCUUCGAGAAACACUCCCCAAAAUUCCUUAUGUGAAAGCCAUUGAUAUGUACCUUAUGGGGUGCUUUGUCUUUGUGUUCAUGGCACUGCUGGAGUAUGCACUGGUCAACUACAUCUUCUUUGGUAGGGGACCUCAGCGCCAAAAGAAAGCAGCUGAAAAAGCUGCCAAUGCCAACAAUGAGAAGUUACGCAUGGAUGUCAACAAGAUUUUUUAUAAAGAUAUUAAACAAAAUGGGACCCAAUAUCGAUCUCUCUGGGACCCUACUGGAAACCUCUCCCCAACUAGACGGACUACCAAUUACGAUUACUCUCUGUAUACGAUGGACCCCCAUGAAAACAUCUUAUUGAGUACUCUCGAAAUAAAAAAUGAAAUGGCCACUUCUGAGGCUGUAAUGGGACUGGGGGACCCACGAAGCACCAUGCUGGCCUAUGAUGCCUCAAGUAUCCAGUACCGGAAAGCUGGUUUGCCCAGACAUAGCUUUGGCCGCAAUGCUCUGGAGCGACAUGUGGCACAGAAGAAGAGUCGACUACGAAGACGUGCCUCCCAGCUGAAAAUCACCAUUCCUGACUUGACUGAUGUAAAUGCCAUAGAUCGAUGGUCACGUAUAUUCUUUCCUGUUGUUUUUUCCUUCUUCAAUAUUGUCUAUUGGCUUUAUUAUGUGAACUAAAAAGUAGAGUCUCAUGGGAACAAAAGACUGGAUUUCUCUUCUAACUGGUUGUACAGCCAAAAGUGGGACUUGGAAAAAAAUCUUUUCAGGAAAAAAUGAUUUUAAAACACCUUAGUUGCUGGCCUAUUCUGUGAUUCAUUUCAUACUAUUUGGAUUGCUUCUGCUAAACACUUCUUUAUGCUACAAUCUUUGUAUUUUAUCCCAGUUAAAAUAGAAGUGUAUUUGGUGUGUGAUGGCCAAAUUCAGUUCUGACAUGCCAUUUCCAUUUUAUCUGCUUAGGACUCACUCAACCUAUACAAGUGGGAAAGUACUGGGGAAAUAUUCUUAAUGAGGUGUAGUAACAAUGUGAGUCAUUUCCUUGUGUAAUGGGCAUGUCUAGCUUCACCACAGUUUGAUUUCUAAAGGAAGGAAAUAUGUCAAAUCUAUGUUAUACUUAGAGAUCGUUCAUGGUUCACAGACAACACUUUCAACUUGAGUUGAAAGUAGUACUGAAGAUCAUAAAGGGAUGUUAGAGUGAAGAUGAUGAUGAUGAUGAUGAUGAUGAUGAUGAUGAUGAUGAUAAUGGUUCAGUAUUUCCUACCACCUUAAAGAGGUUUUGGUUAGUUCACUGAUAGAAGGCAGCUUUUGACAUGAGUGCCACCUUCACAAAUAAGGAAGUCAGUCUGGAAAGUCAGGGAAAUCAAGGUAGCAAUUUCUCUAAUUCUACUAAAUGAUGGCAAACUACUACAGCUAGAACACGCUAUGCUAAGAAGGAGAGAUGACUGACUGUGGUGGUGGUGGGUGGUGAAUAGUGGUGAUGGUGGUGAUGGGUGGUGAUGGAUGGUGGUUUUAAGGGAAAUCUUUAUGGGGGGAGGAGCUGACUAGGUUGGACAUUUUGCAGGAAAACUAUUUCACAGGCGACUACAGAAGAUGUUUAUACCUUGCCUUGUAUAUGAAAGGAAAGGGGUUAGUCUUUAAAAACGACAAAAAAAAAAACAGAGAAAGCUUUUUAAAGAUACAAAAGAUUUUUUAAAACAAUAUCUAAGCAGCCAAGCAUGUCAUUUAUCAACUCUAUAGAGCAUCAGGGUUCAGAAAGAAGUGUAGUGGCCAGUGGUGAACUGAGCAGGAUUUAUAUCUAAAUUCAUAAGCUUUGGGGCAUUGUAUCUAAUGUUACUUUGACCUGCAAUCUAAUCAGAGGACAGAAAGAAAAAGCAAGAUUAUCAGAAUCAGUAGCACCUGAGAUGUUUGACAAAGAAUUUAACUUGAGCCUUGCUUCUUGUAUCAUGGAAUGCACUUGAUAAGCUUACAAACAGGGUGGAUCUCCCCCCCAAAUCCCCCCCUCAGCUGAUGCUAACUACUCCUGUAGAAUUUCACACCUUAAUUUCCUAAAAGGAAUGGGGUACUCCAAUCCAUUGCUUUAGAAAAGUGAAACGUCCUCUCUUAUCUUUGUUGCCUCUGAAAGUUUGAUUGUUGCUCCUUUUGAAAAAAUUAAAGCUUUAUCUUAAUAAAUAGGUUUCAGGGAGAUUCAGUAAAUUGCUUUCCCUUUACAUGUAAUGAAGUUCACUUUCAUAUUUUUCAUAGAAUUGGUAAGAGAAACAAAUCUAGUUUUUGAUCAUUUGUUUUUAAGAAAUGAUGUUCUCUUUUUUGCUUAUGAAAAUCUGUCCAUUAGAAGGAAAAUAGAAAGUGGAAACAAGAUAAUAACAGAAUUUCAUUGGUAUGAUCAGCUGUAAGGGCUCUGUAGAAAGCAACCAUAUUUUAUUAUACUGAUUAUACCUCUAAAUGAAGCCAUUGCAUUUGAAACAUGACUUGGAAAUGGAGGAGCUGAUAUUUGUGCUUUUGUGCAGAAAAUAGGUUAGUUUUAAAGAGCAUUGUUGAGCAAAUGAUUUCAAAAGUUAUUGUCCUCUUUUUUUUUCCUAUGGGGGUGCUACAUUUUUAUAAAGCAGCAUUUGUAUUUAAGAAUACUGACGGUAUUUGACAUGAAAGGAUCUAUGUAUUGGACAGAGUUCAUCAGUAGAUUGCAUGAACUAGAUCUUAUCUGUCCUUUUAUUCAAGGCUGAUUUCUAACAUUACCUGGGAAUGGUGCUUUAUCACAUAGAUAUCUCAUUUUGAAUAUGAGAUAGAAGAUUGUCUCUGUUAGCAGAUGGCGCUAUCAUAGCUGCCUUCUGAGUAUAUGGAUAGAAACGGGCCAGAGUCUGAGACAUUUCUUUGGCAAUCCAUUCUUGUAUUUAUUGAGUCUCACUCUGGCCACAAGUCUGUAGAAGAAAUGGUUAGGUUCCUAACAGAGAGCAUCCUCAAGAUAACCCCAAGGCUUCUUUUCUCCUCAAGUGAUUUCUUCUUAGUCAUCACCUAAAUAGCCUUUCCUGCUUCUGCUACCAGGAGGUAAUAUUUUAAAUAUGUAAUGGAGAGAGUAUUUCAAUACCUCAAAUACACAAAUGAAAGAAACAAAGGAACUAAACUCUGCCAGGUUGGUUCUAGGGAAAAGCCUGAGUCUGAGUCUAUAAGUAAGGCUGCUACCUGCCAUUACCAUAAAAGCCAUAAUAAUCCUCAAUAUUGCCAUGUUAAGGGUGCAUUAAAAUGCCUAGUGUGAAAUGACCUGAGCAAACAGACCUAGAACAAAGCAAACAUAAAGCAAGCUUCUCUAUGACAACUGACCCGUUGUAUACACAAAGUUAUUUCUGCAGGAAAUGAAGUAGGAGAUCCCAUUUAUGCUCAGAGUUGUUUUGGGAUGAAGACAUUAGGGAAAGGAGCAACAAAGAGACCUAUUAAUGGAAAAUAUAGUGUUGCCUGAGAGAGUGAAUCUUAUGCUGGCUUCUACUCUCUUGUAUCACAUGAGAACGAUUUACUCACCCUGUUGUCAGUUGGUUGAUGGGGAUUUUAGUAUGUGAUCUCACUAGAAGGAGAUUAACCAAGUGUGAUUCGAUGCUUCCCUUGAAACAGGAAUCAGAAUGAGCCUAGAUAGUUUGCUUUCCUAUGGCUAAGGUUGAGGACUUGUAAAAAAUAAUCUGAGCAAAGGUAAUGCUGAUAUUAUAUGACUUUUAGUAAACAUAUUUCCUUUUGAGUAUAAAACAGUCAGACAACCAGCAAUUAAGGUGUUUUUCAUCUUUAUGAAAUUCAUGGGCAAAUUCAGACUCAAAAAUGGCAAAGUUUUAACAAAAUCUUUAAUCUCAAUCUGUAAAUAUCUCUUGUACAUGACUGCUAGCAAAUAUGAAAUGCAUUUUCAGAAUUGAAAACAAGUGCAACAUAUUUCUGUGUUUGCAUAAGGAAUGUUACUUUUCUUUCUUCUUCACUCUAAUAACUGGGAGAAAAAAAACUCCAAUGUCAUAUAGGUGUUCUCUAUUUCUUCUCAUUCUUCUAAAAAUCAACCUAAAAUGAAAAAUAGGUGAAAUAUCUCACUGAAAGAUUUACAUUCUAGCUUAAGACCUUAAGGAUCAUACACACAUGCACACGCACACACAUAUACACACAGAUACACAAACAUAUGCACAUACACCAAACCAUCAGCUAAAAAAGCACAAUGCCUAGUGAAAGUGAAGAUAGAUUUGUAACCAGGAAAUGAACAAACUAAUUUUAGACCAGAUCCACAUUUUGAUGACAAAUCCAAGAGUAUUCAUUUUGAGUAAGUAAUUGAGUUUCCAGUCCUUAUAUUAACACAGAAUUCAACAGAAAAGGAAACCAAACUUACAACAUAUCCAUGUGUAUAUAUGUGUAUAUAUAGGUCAUUAUAAACAUACAUACAUAUAUAUGCAUUUGUAUGUUGGACAGUAAAAGGAAUAAGCUAAUAUGUUUUGUUUUUAUCACUUAAAACAAGCAUAAGACUAUUUUUUACUUUGAGGAAAAUUCAAUAUAUUAAAAUUAUUAACUCUACAGGGUAACUGGGCAUUUGUAUAUCAACCAAUCAAUGCAUUUAAUUCUUACAAAAUAUUGCACAAUUUGACACUACAAUAGUACUGUACCUCAACAUCUGAAAUUAAAUUAUAUUAAAUUCUGCUGCUUGCCUUUCUCUCUUUCUCUCUUUCUCUCAUUCUUUCUCUCACUCUCUCUCUCUCUCUCUCACUCUUUCUCAAAAAAAAUUGUCCACUAACAAUUAAAAAAAUUAAACAAACAUGUCUUGGAGAAACCAAGAAAAAGUUAUGGUACCAAAUCUUUCUAGAAAAACAAAUUGACGGGUUGGCCAGGGUAAAAUACUCUUAACAGUAGUGAACAUAACCAUUUUGCUAUAUGUAUAUAGAACAUGUAAUGUGUGCAAUUAAAAAUCCAGCUGAACAUCUGUAAAUAUCAUCAGAUUUCUUAAAACAUUUUUAACUUCUAAUUUGUACUUUCUGGUAAGGCAAAAUGUUGAUUCUCUCCUAUGGUUUAAGUGAACUGUGUCCUAAAAUCUUGUAAAUAAUUAAGCUGUAAAUAUAGAUUCAGUAAUUGUUUAGUGAUUUUUUUCAUUUUAUUAAGUACUAAAACAGAGUAAUUUAAACACCCUUUUUCAUAGACAGUUCGGGAUUAUAGAUAACAGAGUUUCAACUUUUUUUUUUAAGUCACUGGAAAUUGCUAGUGUUAGAAGUGAUGCAACAACAAAAUGAGUAUAGCUGUGACAAGAAGGAGGAAGCAGUACAAAUAGUUUGUUAGCAAAAGGUCUUUUUUUCCAGAAAAGAGGUCAAAGAAGAGAGAAGGUUGAUCUGAGCACCAAGUUUUGAAAGAAAAUGAAAGGCAUAUUGAUCUCAGUAGAGAAGAGUACCUGUUUGAGAAAUCUAUGAGAAAAGUAAGACCUGGUUGAUUUUUAUCCUUAAGACUGUCCUUCUAUAGAUCCUCAAAACCAAAGACUCCAGAAUUGUGGGAAAUAAAGGGAAAGCUAACUAGUCACUGCUUAACACCAAAGGCAAAGCUUUUUUAAAUGCACUAGGAAUUUCAUUUUAAAAUGAUUAGGAACUAAUGGCAUGGUAAUUCAGAAACUGUCCUUUUCGACUUUGUUGAAAAACAAAAACAUUAAAAAAAGAAGAAAAGAAUAGCAGCAUUCUGAAAUAUCUAUCAGUUAUUUGGAGAUUUAAAUAGAACAUUUCUCCAGAUGUAUGCAACAUAAUAGACAUCUUUUUUUUUUUUUCUGAAGUGCUUUAGGGAAUGAGGGAAAAAAUAGGAAUUGAUGGCAAACACUGUCUUGUUUUCAUUUUUUAGUCACUCUCUUUCCCAUAUGUUUACCUUCUCUGAUUUGCUCCACGUCUCUGUGUCAUCAAUGUUUGGGGGUUCAAUUGACCUACCCCAUAUGUCUGUAACUCUCCCAAGUACCAAAUGCAUCUGUUUUUCCAUAGUUCUGUAUUUUAAAUUCACAUGUAGACACCUUUGAUAUAAUGAAUUUUAACAAAAUUGUUUAUGAUUUAAAUUCCUUAAUUUUUUUCUUUGCAUGGGUGUUUAAAUGGUUCUGUUUUUGAUGUCUCUGCACAGCUCUAUGUAUUUUUUUACUUAGUUCUGCUUCACAAUGUAGUCAUGAUCAGCCUUACUAACUACCUUGUAGCCUUUCUUAUAUGCACAUAAUGCACAUUUCCAACAUCUAGAAAAUGCAAAAUACUAACAGAUAUCAUUGCAUCAGAUUUUCAUGUUUUUCUCAAAAGAAUUCCUAAGCUCUGGGAUAAGUGAGGUUGUAAAAAAAAUGAUGGUUGUAAAUGAGUAGAACAUAAAAGAUAUUUUCUUGAAUUUAAACUUAUUGCAGCCAGUCUUAGCAUGUAAAUAUAUAAUAAUGUUGGCUAGUGUGUAAUUCUUGAACAAAAAUAUAAAUAAAGAAACCUUAAAAGAA